AGAGGACUGGAGUCUAUGGAGCCGCCAUCGUUCUCCGCAGAUCCCCACGUCCUGAGGGCGGCCCUCGGAGCCGACGCCAGCCUCGACCUCCCACUGCCCUCCGGCUCGUCACCUUUCCAAUUCGAAUGGAGUCGUGCGGGAGCGAAACUAAACGAACGCUUUACUACUUUACAAAGCGCAGGUGGCGUUCGUCUUUCAAUCACCGCUGCGAGAUCCGGGGACAGCGGUGUAUACACCCUGCAAGCGAGCAAUGCUGCCGGUAAGGACACGACCCGGGUACGUGUGGAGGUAUCCCCGGACGAAAUGCCCACCGGCGACAAUCCCCCUACAUUUUUGAGGCGUCUUCAGGACCUCACCGUGAAGGUGGGGACAAGAACCAGGUUUCUUGUGGAGAUUGUCAGUGCGACAGAAUGUAGGGUGACGUGGUACCGCAACGACCGUCGCUUAAUGGAGGCUGAGCGUAUUGCGUUGGUGCGUGAUGGUAACUUCUGGUGCGCGGAUGUUUCAGCUGUAAGUGUGGAGGAUGCGGGCCGGUGGACCUGCACCGCAGAAAACAUAGGAGGCCGUGCCAGCUGUUCCGCUCAUCUAAAUGUACUCGUACCGAAAGCAUACAAACGGCCGGAAUUUGUUGAAGAGCUCCGUGCUUUGCUAACGGAGCAGGGCACCGUGUCGCUGGAGUGCAAGGUAGUGGGAGUCCCGACACCUGUACUACGCUGGUUUAAGGACAGUCGUGAAAUCAAAGCUGGUGAUGUUUUUGCGCUGACUGCUAACGCAGAAGAUCCGACGUCACUCGGCACAUACACUUGCGAAGCGGUGAAUUGUAUGGGAAGAGCAUAUUCCUCCUCAAAGGUCCAGGUUGUAGGCCGUGCUAGCAGGGAGGGGUCAUCUAGACCUGCCACAGGAGGAAUAAUAGAGCCUCCUCCAAUUUUCACAAAGGAACUUGAGGACCAGUUUGUAAGAAUUUGUGAACCUCUAACGUUGAGUUGUCAAAUCGUGGUACCACCUUGGCCAAGAAGCGUUGUGUGGUACAACAAAGAAGGAAAAGUCGAAGCUAGUGAUAAGUACCACAUACUAGAAGACGGUGUAGGUGGUUAUAUCAUAGAAAUACAGACAUCAGAAUUUGCAGACGAAGGUGAAUGGAAAUGCGUAGCAACAAGUGCAGGCGGAAGAGUUGGUAUUUCAACAUGUUACGUUUCGAUGGAUGUGCCCAAAAACUAUCGGAAACCACGUUUUAUGGAGAAUUUACAAGCAGUGCUUACUGAAGAGGGUUUAGUUUCUUUUGAGUGCAAAGUGGUCGGUUUUCCCACUCCAGUGCUGAGCUGGUUUAAGGAUGGCCAAGAGUUAAAGCCAGGAGAUGUUUAUCAAUUAACAGGCACUAACUCUUUAGGGUCGUAUUGUUGCAUAGCUAAAAAUUUCAUGGGCCAAGCAAGUAGUUCUGCAGAGCUGACAGUAGAAGAUAUACAAAAUCAGUUAAACGAAGAGGAAAAACUGCAAUUGUUUUCCAAAAAUCAAGCACCUAAAUUUUUGAAAGGCUUAAAAAGUGUAGAAGCAAAAAUUGAUGAACCAUUCCGAUUUAUGAUAAAAAUUGCUAUUCCGCCUGAACCUAAAGUUCUUUGGUAUAGAGAUGAACAACCUGUAGAUGAAUCAUCUCGUUGUCAUCUCGGACAUGAAGAACGUGGUGUUUUCGUUUUAGAUAUACAAAAUUUAGAGUUUAUGGACCAAGCUGAGUGGAAAUGUGUAGCAAUGAAUGAUUAUGGACAAAGUGUUACAUCAUGUUUUCUUAAGUUAGUUAUACCCCGACACUACAAGAAACCUCGAUUCUUAGAAAAUCUACAAGCAAUACUAUCAGACGAAGGAGCUGUUAAUUUAGAAUGCAAAGUAAUUGGGGUUCCUCAACCAGUUUUAAAAUGGUAUAAAGAUGGAGAAGAGCUUAAGCCAGGGGACAUUCAUAGAAUUAUUUCUGGUCAAGAUGGGACUUGUUGUCUUGGAACAUAUACAUGUGAAGCGCAAAAUUGUAUGGGAAUCGCAGCAAGUUCGGCAUCUUUGCUAGGCUUUGAAGAUUCCGUAAAAGCUAAAAAUAAAAAGCAGGUCGACGAUCAAGCACUACAAAGGAAUUUAUCAUUGAGUACUAUUCAUGAAGAACGCACCUCACAAAUGUACGAUACACCAGUAGGUGACAUCACAUUAGAUGACAAAGGAGAGAUAUCGUUUUCGUUUGACGGAAAAGAAGUUUCCGUUUCCUUAUAUGAAACUCCGGAUUUAACUGAGGAAGAAGCUUUGCAAAUAGUAGAGAUGUAUGCUGACCAAUUAUCGGAAAAUGUUACGGAACAUAAUGUGGUUGAGCUUCCACCUUUGAGAUUCGUAAAAGAAACUUCAACUUCGGGUAACUUACUAAUGGAAGCUAUAAUAAUUGACGUUUCUCCAGAAUACUUUACAUCUCCUGAAGAAGAUCUUAGGACUGAAGCUGAUAUAGAAGAUAUUUCUAUUGCAGAUGAGAAUGGACAGCUACAACUUUCACUAGAUCAAGACGUUAAUGGAGAGGAUUAUCUAGAGAAGACUAUAGCUUUAUUAUCAGAAGAAUAUGUGGAUAUACCUAAAAAAAUAGAAAGAAAAAAGUCUGAUUCCCAGAAGAGUGCAGAUGAUUACUUCAGUUUAUCUCAUGAUCGAUCUCUUUCAGCCGAUAAAAAGGAUGAUGAUACUCAAAUUUUGUCUGAAAGUGAGUUACAAAGUUUUGCUAGUGCACACAGUACCGCAAAACCCAAGUCAAAGUCGUCGAAACCAUCAUUGGAAGAUGGUCAGGAAUCCUCAGACUUUACAAAAACAGUUUUGCUUAGAGAAGAUAUAAAAGGCCAGUUGCCUGAAAAUACUGCUGAAGGACAGAUAGAUAGUAACAGCAGUAAGGGAUUACCAAAAUCAAUAUUCAGUGAAAAGUCUGCUGUAAAAGAAACAGCAGCUUCAGAAACAGUUGAGAAAUCCAGUUUAAUUACCGAAAACAUUAAAUUAAAUAUGAUGGCUAUGAGUUCAUCUUUAACAAAGGUGAUGAAUGCUAUUCAAAUUAUUGAGAGAGAUAUUAUUCUUAAAUCCGAAUUAAUGGCUGUUGCUGCUACAGCUACUAAAAGUUUAGAAAUAAUAAACAGCCUCAUUACACCUUUAUCUGAGAUACACAGUAUCACUGAUGCGGUAUUAGAGUUAGUAAACGAACCUUCUGAAAUUAUUUCCUCUCUUUUUAAUCGAUUACCUCAGUCUCUUAGGAUGCUUGAACAGUCAUUGACUAUAAUUGAGAAAUGUAUUGACUUUGAAAAUGAAAAUAAGACUCUUGUAAAGAAAACGUGUUUACUAUUAAUCGAAAAAUGUGGUGAGACUUUAAAAGACUUGAUAACUACUGUAAAUACAAUAAAUUAUGAAGAAUGUGCUUUGAUUGAUGAUAUAUGUAAUUAUAACAUAAAGGCAGCAUCGGAAAAUAUACUAAAGUCUCUUAAAUUAUCUAUGGAUGCUAGUAUGCAGGAUAAAAUUUUAAAUGAAACAAGUGAUACUAGCAUGCAAGAGGCAAACUUAGAGAGUAAACAUUUAAAUCAUACUCAGAGAGUUUUGUAUGCUUUAAAAAGUUCUUUAAAGUCUGUACUAUUAAUUAUAGAAGGUUCGGAUAACAUACCUAUAAAUUUUGCUGGUAUUAGGAAUUCGGAAAUUAUUCUUGACGAAAUAUCAACACCUAUUCAAGAAUUACAAAAUUCCCUUGAACAAAUAGAAUUAUUGUCUGUAUCUGAAGCGAGUUCAAAUUUGCCUCAUUACAAUACCGAAAUUAUAGAAACAGUAAUGAGUUCCAUCUUAGAGCUACGAACAGCCUUCGAAAAAUUAUCAGAUGAAAAAGAAAAUAAAAUAAAAGAAGUUUUAGUGGAUAUAAAAGAAUACAUAGAUGAUAUAUCUUCUCAAUUAAUAUCAUUCGAAGAAAGGAAUGGCAAAUUUGAUAUUUUAAAUAGCGAUAACAAAUUAGAAGUAUUGCAAACUAUGGCUCAGAUAUUAAUAUCUCUUGAAAAUAGUUUAUCUAUCUUGGACCCAAUACCUAUGAUAAAAACACAUAUGUCUGAUUUUCAUAAGAAUCUAACAAAAUUGUUAGAGAAUGUUAUAGAAAGUAAUGAUUCAAGAAAAUAUUUCUCUUUGUUGGAAAUUUGUAACGCUGUUAAUAGAAUAAAUACUUCUCUGAAUAACAUGGAAUCUCGACAAGUAUUGUCUCUUGCUGUUAUUAGUAACACGUUAAAAAUGAUAAAAAACAGUUCCCAUUUAUUUGUAUUUGAUGAUUUUCUCAAAGGUUCUGUCUUAAAUAAUAUUAAUGAUCUACUGCUUCAUAUAGAGGAGAGUAUAAACUUGAUUGAAGAAACCUCAAUAAAUAUAGAAUCUGAAAAAGUUGUUGAUUUAUCAAUAAAACAGUUUGAAAAGGACAAAUUAAACGUUAUUUUGGAACAUCUACAAAGAAGUAUUGCAGAAAUAAGUAAAGUGAAUACAUUUGAAAAUGUUGGCCAUUUGAAUAUUACACAUGUCCUACAAAAUAUCCAUCCCACGUUAACAGAGAUUCAGUGCUGUUUAGCAUCCUUUAAUAUUAAUACACUGGAAAGUCCUGAAAAUGUGUGCGAUAUUAGUGUAUCCUCAUUUUCAGAAAACAUUGCACAUCCACUUUAUGAAUUACAACAUAACAUUUCUGUUCUUAAUGAAGUUAUAUGUGAAAGUGCAAGAAAUCUGGAGAUCAAUCAAUUGACGGUUUUUGCUGAGCCUCUCAUACAUUUACAAACGACAUUAGAAAUUUUACAAAAUGAUUUAAUUUCACAAUAUGAUGAACUGACUUCAAAUAGUGAAAUAAUGGGUAACGUAGCUAAUAGCGUUGAUAAUCUUCAAAGUUGUAUUGUUAUAAUCCAAGAACAUGAUCUUGUCGAAGUUGCUGACGAUAUGUCCACAUUAGCUGAUAUAUCAGCUAUUAAAACAACUGCCGAUAUUGUGAUGCCUAUUGAAGAAUAUAUGGUACCAACAAUUGAAAAGGUUAAAAUUGAGGAGAUUUCUGACAUUUGUUGUAUUGGAUCACAAGCUGUUUUGUUCCAAGCUUUGCAGGCACUACACAAACAUAUUAUAAAUAUAAAAGCAUUGAACAUUGAACAAGAUUUUAAGAAAGUUUGUGAGGAUAAUAAAACAAUAGACUUUAAAUUGCUUCUGUCAGAUUUAGAAUUAAUUGAUUCAAUUAUUAUGGGCAUAUUGCAUCCUUUUGAGAUCGACAUAAACAUACAUCGACAGACACAAGUAAGCCCUUCACGAUUGGCUUUAUUGGUUCAGCCAUUCAUAAAUAUUCAAGAUACUUUGUCUAAUCUUAAUAUAAAAGACAUAACAAUUUAUAAAGAAGUAACAGAAACGCAUAGCCAAGCAAGCCAUUUUUAUGAUAUUCUUUUUAAUCUUAAAUGCGACUUAAAUAACUUUUUAAAUGUUUUGCAAGCGGCAGUGGAAAUUGUUGAUAACGCUUUUCAUAAAGCCACUAAGAAAGUGGCUUUAGUGCAAAUAUCUAUGAAGCUAGAGAAUUUAUUGAUUGAAAGCAACGUUGGUUCAGUUGAUCCAUUCUUAAAGAGAGAGGUAAUAAAUUUGCAUACAAACAUUAGUGAUGUUAUUAAUACUGAUAAUAAAAUUGCAGAAAAUCUCAAUGAGAUCACUGAAAAACUUAAUCAAACUUUACCAAAAAUUCAAGAAGAGGUUUUCAAUUUCACCGUUCAUAAUUUAUCACACGAAGCGAAGAUAGCAGAAUUAUUAAGUGAGAUAGAACAGAAUGUUGUCACAUUAGAACACUUUGAUGAAAAACACGCAACCCAGAAAUCGCACACUGACCAGAUAUAUCAAAGUGCCAAUUCAACAAAAGUUGAUUCUGUUAUUGUGUUAAACCAAAUUGGUAGUGAUUUAGUUACACCAGUUAACAACGAAUUAAAAGAAAGUACUCAAAAAGAUAUGAAAUUGGUGGACGAAUUUAUCAGUAGGUUUACAAAGGAGUUAUCGUUAUUGGAUUACUUAUAUAAAAAUCCUACUAGCCUUAAAAACAUUAUCAAAUCACUUCAAGUGUUUUAUGAUUUAAACAGAAGAUUCGAUGAAUUUAAAGCUCGUUUUCAUAAUAACCUAUCGAACGAAAGCGAAAGACAUCUACAAUCCUUUGUACUUAAUAUACAAGAUUAUUUAAAAAUUGUACAAACAACUUUAAUUCAAAAUGUAAGCAACCAAUCAGAAUUGCUUUUCGAUAUUCCGUUUACUAAAAUGAAAGACGGAGAACAAUUUUUAAAAAAUAUUUUACAGUCUGAAUGUGACUUUACAUUACGUGAAACGUAUAUCACUAUUUUGAAAGUUAUAGGAACAUUAAAACCUUUUCAAGACGAAUUGAAGUCUAAUCUGAUUGAAGAAUUGAGUGCAUUUGAUCCUAUAAUAUUACCUAAAGACAAAAUAGACGUUAUCGACAUAAACGAGCGGCUCACUAGUUUUUUUAUAGAACAAGCUAAAAAUUCUUUGGGAGCUCCACUAGAAGAAGUGUAUGAGAAAAUUGUGGCUCGUCUGCAAAAGCAAGAAGAUCUUCAAGAUAUUUUAGGUAUUGGAAGCAGAAUAAUAUUCAUAAACAGUUUGUGUGAUUGCUUAGAUAUUUUAAAACAAUAUUUCUCAGAAAGUCGAGAAAAAGAGAGUCCUGAAUUAUUAAUGGCAAAAGAAUUUAAUAUGGUUGAAAUUUUAAUGAAAAUCUCCAAUCCUCUUGAAUUUAUUAACACACAUAUAAUGAAUAUUCGUAACAAAUUAUUAUUAUCGACAAGAAACGAUACUGAUGCAACAGAUGUGAAUUUAAUACAAAGUAGUAUAAAUGAAAUUCAAAAAAUAAAUGAAGAGAUUAAAAUAUGUCCUGAGAAAGAAAACAUUUUAAUUGAAACUAAUGAUUUACACCUUGCUGUUGAACUUAAUGAAAAAAUACGGUUAAUUUUUAAUAAUGUUAAGAAUUUAGAAAAUACACCAUGUUUUGAAUUUAUUAAAUCAUUAGUUCAGCCACUAGAAGAAAUUGAAAAAAGUCUAUGUCUAAUUAUAUCUUCUUAUAAAGAUGUUAUCGAUAAAAAAAGUCUUAAUAAUAAGUCAAAAGUGGAUGCUCUUUUAAAACAAAUGGAACAACAUAUUGAAAUAAUAGAAAUUGUUGAAGAAGUAAGUGCAGUCAUAAAAAUUGAUGAUUUGAAGGAGACAGCAAGUAUAGUUCGAGAAUUAAGAGAUAGCAUUGCGGGGACAGAAACUGCUACGGAGGGUGACAGCGAAAAAUGCUGUUUAAUGAAUUCUGAUCAAACACAAUUGACUGACAAAUUGCAAAAGGCUUUGACAUGUUUGCAGAGCCAGGUUUUCGAUUCCACACAAGAUACGACAACUGUUAAGGCAGAUAUUCGUCAACAAAUUAUAGAUGUUGUAUCUGAUCUGCAACAAGAUUUAGAUCAUUUAAAUUAUAUAUCAGUAGAAAAUUUGGCCCAGCAUGCCAGAGAAACCACUCAAGUUAUGGAACAUGGAAAUGAAAUAAUUGUCGCGGAUAAUUCUGACAAAACCACAAAUGACGCUGUUUUUACUGAUAAAUUACAGUCGGUGAGUCAAGUCAAGGAUGAAUGCGACAAACAAACAUGUAUUCUUGAAGAUAUGCCCCCCAAAGAAAAAACUUUAGAAAUGCUGAUGCAAAAUGUUCAAGAAUAUUUACGCCAUGAUUUUAGUGAAAUAGAACAAGAAUUCACAUCUUUAUUAAAUUAUGAAGCCAUCAAGAUUACCCAAGACAUGAUUCAACAAUUUUGCCAGGAAACCGACUUAAAUGAAAUUAUUAGUAUGAACACCGCAGAAUGCUUUUUUAUAUCAGACAAAAAACAAAAAGUCCUUUCCGAUUUAUAUAAUAGUCUACAAAAUGUAUUUACAUAUGAACCAGCCAAAUUAUUAAAUGAAGUGGUUGUCGAAGAUAAACUACAAGAAUUUAAAAAUGUUGUACAUAAUUUAUGUACAGCCAUUGAGAGCGUACAAAAUUUAAGGAAUGUUGCUAUGACAAGUACUGUUGAAAGUAACAUUCUAUGUGAAGACAUUUCAAAUGAUUUACAAUCAAACCUAUUAAAAAGCUGUCAGGUUGAUGACCCUUCUCAUACUAUCAGUGAAACAGAAACGAUUACUUGCGAACCGGAUGAAAAAUCUAGAGACGUUAAAAACAAUCAGUUAAACCAUGAAAAAUUAUUAAAGAAACAAGAUACAAAAUCUUCACUAGAAUUAAAGGAACUUAUUUAUGAUGAUACUACUUUUAAAAAAGAUGACCCUGAACAUACUUCUUUAGGAAUAGACGAAAUCAAGGAAUCAAUUGUACAAAAAGAAGAACAACUUGCUUUAUGUAUCAGUGAUUAUAUCAGUGAAGAAGUAACAGAAACAUUGAAAAAAAUGAUGCCAUAUUUAACCAUAGAAAAUCUCGAGAAAAGUCAUGAAAUUGCAAAUCAGUUAUUCGGAUUGAGUAUAGUGACAAAUAGUGAUGACCCAAAAUAUCAAGAUGUUACAGAAAGAAAAAUUGAUAUGAGUUAUCAAUUACGUGAAGGGUUAAUUUUAAUAUAUGAAGAAAUAUGUGGUCAUGCCGAAAUUUUACAAACAUUAGUUAAGCAGGACGCAUUCGAAAAAGCUAUUUCAUCAAUCAAGAAUCUUAAUGAAGCUCUUCAGACAAAUGUAAUUUCUGGAAAGUGCGUUCUCUUGGAACAAGUAACUGAAUUAGAUAGAGAAUCAUCAAAUAUCGAUUCGCAAGAUGUUAACUCUAUCAAAUCUAACCCAUCUAUUGAAAAUAUUAAUUCUAUUGGACAAGUUGAAAGUCAAGAAACUUUUAAUUUAUGUAGAGAAAAUAUUAAUGAAAUAGCUGUCCAGGAAAUAAAAAAAUGCGAGGAUUCUCUCACAAAUCCUUUAGUCAGCGUACUAGAACCUUUGACUCCUAAUACAGAUCCUGAACGGGAACUCAGUUCAAUACAGAUGUUAGAAACUCUUUUACAAGAAGUAAAUGACUGCAUAGAUCUCUCUUUAACAAAUGUUGAACAUUCUGAAAUAUUGGAAAAUGAUCUUGACGAGAUUCAAUCGGUCAUCAUAAAACUCAAAUGUGACUUUGAUGGAACUACAAAUGAAACUCUCAAUGAAACUCUUGAAGAUUUAGAGUGCAAUGUGAGAAGCGUUCAACUCCAAAUAAACGAACAAAGUGCUCCUGCACUUUUAAAGGAAGCUUGUUUAAACUUGCAGGUUAUUGUUUCUUCUUUAAAUGAAAACGAAUUAAUACCCAAAAAGGAAAUGGCCUUGACAUCACAAAUCAACAACGUUAUGCAAAACUGUCAGAAUGAUUCUGAUCAAACAAUAGAUUUGCUCGAUAAGGCGUGCCUUUUAGAGAAAACUUUGGAAUAUGAACAUGUUUUCUUGUGCAUGGAUAAUAUAAAAAACACAAUAAAGUCGCUGCGAAAUAGUUUUGUAGGUAACGCCGAAAAAUUAAUUGUUGAAGGUAUAGAAGUAAUGCAGCAAUUAGAUCAAAUCGAAGAAAAAAUUUUCUCCUUAGAAAAAGACGUUGAUAAAUUGGAAUUUAUAGACACUGAUGCUAAGGAUAAUAUCAUAUCGGCUAUGCAUUCUGUCUAUGGUACUAUUUCAAACAUGAGAGGCGCUGUUUCGAGCGUACAGAAGCAUUAUAUGUAUGAAAAUUAUGGAAAACCAACACAAAAUAUGUUAAAAUCUUUAAAAAACAUUGGCAUUAUAUCUAAGCAACAAGUAAGUAAUGUUUCUAGCUGGAAGCAAAGUGCAAACAUAUUUCGCAAAGUUUUAAAUCAUUUUGAAGACAUCAAGUUUUACAUAAACUUUGAUAGAACAGCAAGAAUCCCAAAUGAUGCAGCGUUCACAAAAAUUAUUCUUCAAGAAAUUGUUACUGCUUUGGACGAGGUUCAAAAUUUAAACUUUAUUAACGCUCAGGUAUACAAUACUAUUGAAACUUUGUCAAAUUUCGUUAAAGAAAGGAGAUUGCUUAUUGAAGAAAAGACCACAUUAGAGGUAAAGGAAAAAAUACCGAUUUUUAAAGACUUAUCUAUAGCUAUACUGAAAGCCACCGAAGAUAUAAAACUACAACUCCAAGAUUUAAAAACAGUACAAUCAAACAAUCUUGAACAAGACAUUGUUGAAAUUAAUUCGGAAAAUACUGACACAUUAUGUGUCGAUAACGCGAAAAAAGACGAAAAACCGAUACAAGCGAUAAUACAAGAAGAGACGUUACAAAUGGCUUCAUCAAAUACCAUAUCAGUUCUUUUUGAAGAUAACGAGAAAAUUGUGGAUGAAAAAAUGUCUCAAAAUGAAGAGAAACAAGUACUUGAAUCAUCUAAUGAGUGUGAAAAACAUAACGAUGAUCAUACUACAGAGACCGUACAGGAUAUUAAAUCGAUUGACACCGAAACCAGAAACACUCAUGAAGUUACUUCUAGUGAGGAUGAUUUAAAUCGACCAGUUUUAGAAUACGAUGAGGUUGUAGUUUUAGAAGAUAAAAAUGAAGAAACUAUUGAUAAAAUUCGAGAAAUACAAAGCUGUUUGACUGAUGCGGCAAAUAUGGAUGUAUGCCUAUCGAGUGCAAAUGAAGACGAAUUACCGUAUGAGGAUACUUCUAAAGUGUCCAUUUUAGAAAAUGUCCUAGAAAACGAAAAUAAAAAUAGUUGUGUCAGUAGUGACCAUCCGAUAGGUGAGAGUUUAACUAAUAUGGAGAAUGAUAUGGCAUCGAUAUCUAAAUCCGAAAACGCUGAAUACAAAAUGAAUACUACAAAUGAAUUAGAAAAAGAUAACAGUAUUAAUUACAUUAGUAAAGACGAUAAAGAAAACGAAAAACAUCUACAAAGCCAAAUUCCUUCUGAAAAAUCUGUUCUUAACGAACAGGUAGAGACACAUGAAAUUCUUAAAGAAACUGAUGAAGCGGGUCUUUUAAAUGAUAUUGAAGAAAAAACUAUUGAUGACGACGAUUCAAACUUAGGGGAAAAGCCCCGAAAAGAAUUGAAAAAUCAGCACGAUAUUACUGACGUAGAAAAUUUCUUGGAUUCCUCUAUAGUAAAAGAUGACGGAUAUAAUAAAUUUCAAGAAGUUAAUUUAUUGCACGAGGCAGAAAAAAAUAGCACAUUAAAAACAGUCACAACGGAAAAGGAUACCAUAUGCAGAUCUGAUGAGGCUUCAGCUUUGUUAGUUAAAGAUGAUAACAAAGAUAUUCAUGGAAAUGAACCCGAUACUUUAAAACAAGAUAUUCAUGACGUCAACUUAAGUCAAACUUUAAUAAAAGUAGAGGAUAAAUCUAAUGAUAACUCGCAGAAAAUAAUAGCAGUUACGAACAAUAUUGAUACAAAUAAAAAUCAAAGUUUAAAUGAGAAUGAAAAUAUUGUUGAUAUUAUUAAUAAUAACUUAGAGCUAAUGUGUGAUGAAUUAAACAAUAAUCAAAGCAGAGGGGAAGAAAACAUUUUAAAGGAGGAUCAUGUAAAAUUAAAUAAAGGAAUUGAAUGUUCUCUACAACAAGAUGUCCUUCAAUUUUGUGAAUUACUAGACGAUAAUGAAAAUUCUCAUAUAAAAGUUGCUACAGUAGUUGACAACGCAUGUGAGGAUAGUCUAUCAAUUACACAAGUUAAAGUGGAAGUUUGCUCAAGUGAAGAUGAUACUAAAAAUAUGAACAAAUAUGAAGAAGAAUUAAUUACACACAAACAACAUAUUGUUGAAGAUAAAGCCUUAGAAGAGGUAAGUGAUUAUAAGGUCGAAGACGAUUUCAAGAAAAACACAAUAGAGGAUAAAGAAAGAAAUGAAAACGUUAAAAAUAAUGAUAAUAAUAAUUCAAGUGAUAAUUCUCUUAAAAAGCAAAUGUUACCAGAAGACAUUAAUACCAAUAUUUCAACUUUGGAAGCAAUUAAUUUAAAUUGUUCAAAUAUAAACAUAAAUGGAACAAGUAUUAGCACUCACGAUGAAGAAGUUUCUGGAGAUCUUCUAUCAAAUAAAGAUACUGAACAAAAAGAAUACAUUGUGCGUUGUCCAGUUGAUCAACAAGCUUCUUUGACUAAAUGCCUUGAAAGUGAAUCAGUUAAUAUGGUUAAUGACACCGUUGAUAGUAAUAAAAUUCAGCAAAUCAAUGAAGUGGAACAAGAUUUAGCUAUGGAUUUGAUUUCGGAAAAUGAUAAUUCAAAAUCAGGAUAUAAAACAGUAUUCAGCGAAAUAUCAGUAACAUCGGAUGAAAUGGAUCUUAAAGUAAGUAAUAAGAAUGAAGAUGAUGUAAUCUUGAUCCCUCAAACUAAUCAGGAAGAUUUACUGGAUAUUCCGAAUGUGACAACUGAUUAUCAAGUUAUACUUAGUGAGAAAGUAGAUGAGAAUGAAGAAAAUACUUUCAUUAAUGAUAAUUCAGAACAAAACAAAGAUACACAUUUUGUGGAUUAUUAUUCAACUGCUAAAACUGCCUCUGAGGAGAUCUCUGAGGAAAUGCAACCAAAACAGAUAUCUGACGAAACUUCUGACAUACAUGUCAUCGAAAAACACAUAACAGAUGUAGAAGAAGAAAAUGUAACGAAUAAUACAAACUGCCACUCAUAUAACGAAGCGAUGAACGAUAAAAUUAACAAAAAAAUUGAACAAAAAACAAUAACAGCAAAUAACGAAGACUUAAGUGACUAUAAAGCUAUGGAUAAAGUUGAAGAGAAAGAAUUAAUAGAAAGUGUUUUCAUAGAAACUGGUCAACUAAAGAAGCCAAAUGAAGCCUUAGAAAAAGAAUAUCAAGCAUUGUCUACAAAUAUGUUCGUUAAUUUUGAAUCAGAACCUGAAAACAUAAAUCAAAGAGCUUACCCAGAUGUUAAAAAUGCUUCUGUAGAAGAAGAUCAUGAUAAUGAAUUAGAUAGUCAGAAUAAAAAUAACUUUACAGAUGAAAUACAAAAUCAGGAAGUAACAUCUGCAAAUGAAAAGUAUUUAGAUUCUGAACACGAAAUUGCAACAAACAAAUCACAUGACAAAAUUAAUGUAAGUGAUAUAAUAGAACAACCAAUUAUUAAAGACAAUAUUAUAAAUGAAGAUGGUAACAGCGAUUUUGUUAACGAAAAUCAAAAAUUGUUAGCGGAUAAUGAACAAACAGAAAUAAACAAACAAGAUAUGUUUAAGAUAGCUCUUGAAACAGAAGCUUUUAGUUCUGAUCAAUUAAUAAAAGAAAAUAAUGAACCUGAAGAAAAUAUGUGUAUAAAAAGCGAUGAAAAGCAAAAUUUAUGUGUAGAAUUAAUCGACCAUGAACAAAGUAAUAUUUGUGAUAGAAGUACUUUUGAAGAUGUUGUGACAUGUCUGGACGAUAAGAAAGAUAUUGUUAAAACUGAAGAGCAACUAGAGCUCGCUUCUAAUAAAAAAGAAAGUGACUCAAAAAAACUUAAACAUCAGGAACAAUUUAUUCUGAAGGAAAAAAAUUCAGAGGCAGAGAUGAAUGAAAUAAGAGACAAAAUUAUUUCUGAAGAGCCAGAAACACAAUUAGAUACCCCAAACAUGGGUUUUGAUUCAAAUGCAGAUGAAAAUAUAGAUAUUACUGAAAAAAAUUAUCCAUUCGUACAGGAAAUAAAAACGAAAAAAAGUGCUAUCAAUGAAAAUGACACAAAUACCCAGAUACGAGAUACAAAAGCUCAAUCUUCAAAAGAAGUGUUUCCCUCAAAAAUUGAACAAUCUCAUAGAAGUAACGAAAUUUGUACUGAUGACGAGAGUCACAUGACGGAGAAAGAAUUAAUAAAGGACAUCAAGGAAGACACAAGUGACAAAAAUCAUUCGCAAAAAGUGGUCAUUGAAGAAAAAGACAACAGUAAAUACCUAAAGCCAGUAGAUUAUGACGAAUUAGAAAAUAAAUAUCAGCCUUCAUCUGAUACAAAAUUGGUGGAAUUAAACAACGAGCCCUUUGAUAGAAAUCAAGAAGAAACAGAAAAGGAAAAAGAUGGGAAUACUUCGCAUGUUCCAAAAAAUAAUUUUAAGCAUGAAAGUAAUGUAGGAGCUACAGAUAAUUCUCAGAACAUGAUUAAAGAAUAUACACUUGAGCAAGUCGUUGAAGGUGAUGAUAAAUAUGACGAUAAAGAAGUUUCUGAAAAUUUUAAUCUUGUAAAACAAGAUACAACAAAUAUUUGUGACGAACUUUCAGGUCUAGAAAACAAAAAGGAGAAAGUAGUUUUAAUUAAAGAUGAGAUUGAAGGAAAUGGAAUAAAAACUAAUAAUAAAAGUUGUGAAGACAAUGAUAUGGGUAAAAAUUCUGAUGAAUUAAAAUCUUCAAAUGAUCGAGAAAAAAAACUUAAAGUAAUUAAAAAUAAAUCAAAAAUGGAAAGAAACCAGACAAAUGAAAAGGUAAUCGAUUCUAACGUUGAAACAAAUAAAGAUGCACUUACUGAAAGAAAAAUUACAAAAGAAGAUACUAACGUUGAAGUAAAGGAUACUGGAUUUGAUAAGAAUCUAAAUUUAUCAGUUCAUGAUAACCAAAAUCAAGAUAUAUUUGCAACAAAUGUCACAUAUGGGACAGAUGAUGAAAAUAAACCGACUUUAAAGGCUGAAACUACUAACUACAGUACAGAAUUUAACAAGAGCACUACUGAAAUAUGUCAAGCAAUACAAGAACAAGAUGGAGAAAGGAUAGACUUUAAAAGAAACUUCAACCAUCCACAAGAAGGCACACUAUAUCCAGGAAGAGAUGAAAAUAAUACAAAAGUGGCUCCUAUAUUUAUUGAUCACAGCAAUGUGGACAAUUCAUUAUAUUUUUCUAGACCACCAAAUUACAUACCAAAAUCUUACGAUAUAAACGAAUUUAAAGUUUCUGAAACCAGUAUUCAAACCAAGAACCCGACGAUUUAUAAAGCUCAAACUUUACUACAUGAAUAUCAAUCACGAACGUCGUACACUUCAAACCUCGAUCAAACCGAUGAAAGCUCAAAUGGUCUCGCAGAAACUCAAAGAGAAUGGAGUCGUGCCAGAUCCAUGGCUGCAAGUGAGCCUAGGAGUAUAACAUCGGAGAAACGGCCAGUUCGUGAUCUGAAGAGAAAACCUGUUUUCUCGACGUUUCUGACAGAUCGUACAGCUGUAGAAAGUUCUCGAGUAAAACUCACUUGCAGCAUAUUAUCGUUAAGUGAUCCUUUAAUUACAUGGUAUAAAAAUGGGAUACUUUUGGAUGAUAAACAAAAGUUUCGAUCUAAAUGCGUUGAUGGUUUAAUUACUUUGGAGGUUUUGAAUGCAGUCCCCAGUGACUCUGGAGAAUAUAGUUGCACCGUUGAGAAUGAGAAUGGAACAGUUACGUCUACGGCAAAUCUUAAAGUAUACCCAAGUUUUGAAUCGUCACCUAUACCCCCAACAUUUACGCGUUCUAUUCGAGAGGUUUAUCAUUCAUUUGAAAAUGAACUAGUGUUGGAGUGUCGAAUUCGUGGUCAACCACUUCCAUCUAUAACUUGGUAUAAAAAUGAUAAACCAAUUACGUUAUCUGAACGAUAUCAAGCACAUUACCUAGCUGAUGGAGUCUGUAGACUAACUAUUAACUGUCCAACUCAAGAAGAUUCAGGAAAGUAUACAUGUCAUGCUGAAAGCUCUAUAUGGUCUGACGAAAUUUCUCAUAAUGUUCAAUUUAAUGGUAAAGAAACUAAUAUGAACCGAAAUAUUGUUACGUUGGAAAAGGUAAAUUUGGCCCGGCAGACAAUAGAAUCACGGAAACCUCAUUUUACAAAUGUCAUAUCAGACUAUAAAGUAGUCAGUGGCGGCACAAUUGGCUUGCAAGUAGAAAUUAAAGGGUCACCAACAAGAGUAGAAUGGUUGCGAGAUGGGUUCUCUGUACUUGAAACUUACAGAAACGCCCAAACUUACUUUGAUCGCGGUAUUUACACUUUAGCUCUUUCCGAUGUAACAGAAAGAGAAACGGGCUUGUAUACCUGUAGGGCAUGGAGUAGACACGGAAAUGUUGAUAUGAAUGCGGCCAUAACCGUAGUUCAACCAAAUCAGGUUGAUGGAAAACCUGCAGUAAUAGUCAGUAGACCAGCAAAAGAUAUACUUAUAUCUGUAGGCGAAGAUAUUAAUAUUUCAUUUAGAGUACAAGGAGAACCAAAACCAAAAGUGUUUUUCAUGAAGGGCUUAAGAGAUGUUACUUACAGUCAGCGAGUUUGCAAAAUGACAUCUGAUGAUUAUAUGAAGUUUACAUUGAAAAGAUCAGUGAUAUCUGAUGCUGGAACUUACUGUAUACUUGCCCGUAAUGCGUAUGGCUGUGAUAGAGCCUUCGUUACUGUCGUGAUAAGACAACGGGCGACAUCAGAAAACCUUGUUUCAGAUUGGACAUAUCCAAUGGAUGAUUUAGCCAUCUCGCCUCUUGAUCGUAAUUAUAAAGUUGUUCCCGAUCGCAUACCGAGUGAACCGAGCGUCAUCGAAGGCGGCAAGAACUGGGUGUCACUUGCCUGGCCCAAACCUGAUUGUCAAACACGGGCUCCAAUUUUGGCUUACAAGGUAGAAAGUUGGUUGAUAGGAAAAGAAGGAGGUGCGCGGUGGACUGAACUGGGAAUUACACCACGAAAUUCUUUUGACGCCUUCAAUCUAAAACAAGAAGAAGAGUAUCAUUUUAGAAUUACACCCAGAAACCGCUACGGUUGGGGUGAAUCCGUACAAACGUCAACACCCAUUGGAAUCGGUCUUAGUGGUGAAAGGCCGGAGUUCAUUGAAAUUCUUCCUGGUCAAAGUAAAGUUCUUGUAGGCGAAACAGCAACAUUAUGUUGUAGCUUCAAGGGAAAACCUACUCCAGAAAUAGUAUGGAUGAAAAAUGGUCACGAAAUAGAAGAAAAUACGAAUCGAAUUAAAAUAACACAAAAUAAUUUUAAGGCAUGUUUAAUUAUAGAAAAUGUUAAUAUAGAAGAUGAGGGCAGAUAUAGUUGUGAGGCGACGAAUAUUCACGGACGAUCUUCAACAUACGCAAGAAUGACUGUCAUAACUGAUCGAAAUAUUUGGGAGGCUGACGCCAAAUUAAAAAGAGAGAGGUCGGCGGGCUUAGAUGGCGAGUAUCCUCCACAGUUUACUAUGCGAUUGCGUGAUCGACGCGUUCAAGUAACAUAUCCCGUGCGUCUCACGUGCCAAGUUGUGGGCAGUCCUGCGCCCACAAUUGCAUGGUUUAAAAAUGGAGAAGAAAUCACAACUGACGAUCGCCAUAGCAUGUCCCAAGAUGAGUUUUUCUAUACACUUGAGAUAGCACCAACGACGUUGGACGAUGGCGGUGUAUAUGAAGUAAUGGCUAGAAAUAACAGUGGAGCGAUUAGUUGCCGCUGUAGUUUGGUCGUAGAUAAAGGCAUCAGAGCAUAUGUCGCCCCUGAAUUUUGUUGCGGCCUGGAACCAUUGUAUCAGUUAAGAGAAGGCGAAGAACUGAGAAUUUCAGCAAUAGUAGAAGCGUAUCCUUCUGUCGGUGUAUGUUGGUAUCGAGACGGCGUUAGGUUACGGCCGAGUCGUCGGGCGGUCAUGACCUUAGAUCGAGACGGACAAAUUGAACUGGCUCUUGCCGCCGUAACUGCCCGAGAUGCUGGCGUAUAUACGUGUACUGCUUCCAAUGAAGUAGGCCGGGUUUCCACUUCGGGUAAAGUGGAAAUCAUAGCGGAAGAAAAUAAAGAUGAUAACAUGAAUGCACCGCCGAUUUUUGUGAGCGAUGAAACAUCGCGAGCUCUUUACUCUAACGAGCCGAGAUUUCUAAGAAAACCUAGGUCUAGUGAGGCACGAGAAGGUGACACCGUAAUUAUAGUUUGUGAAGUUAUAGGAGAUCCUAAGCCUGAAGUUUACUGGCUACGAGACUUUUUAAAGCCGGAUUACUAUCGAGACGCAAAACAUUUCAAACGGAUUGGCGCCGGACCCGAGUAUAGAUUCGAAAUUCCGCAUGCAAAAUUCGAUUAUACAGGCACAUACUCUGUAGUGGCCAAGAAUAUACAUGGAGAAGCAAAAGCUAUUAUAUCAUUGCAAAUACUAGCGAGAGAUCCCAAUUCAAAAGAAGACGUCCACAACAUUAGAUAUGGGCUUGUCGAAGAAAUUCCUCGUUUUGAAAAAGAAUUAACUGACCUACUAUGCUAUGACGGAGAUGCGAUUGAGUUCGAGUGUCGUAUCGCAGCAAACCCGGAUCCUUUCAUAAGAUGGUACCAUUAUACCGAGGUGGUCCCAGACUGUCCAGAUUUCGUUACUUCUUAUGAUCGCGGUACCGCACGACUUAAGAUAAAUCAAGUUACCGCUGAAGACGAAGGCACUUACAAGUGUGAAGCCUCCAAUAGUUUAGGAAAAGCAACUUCCAGUGCGUGCUUAGUUGUAUACCCACCUGGGGAGCCAAACACCUUAAGCCAGAAUCUGCGGCGGCCACCGGCACUGCUGUCAGCUGCCUCCACUCCACGCUCCACACCACGCACUACACCCGCGCGGUCGUUGUCAACCACACCAUGUCGAGAUUCUCGACGGUUGUGUAGUCCGACUCGGGAAAUAGCACCGAAAUUUUACACCUAUCCUUUCAAUAGAGUAGCCGAAGAAGGUGACACUGUUGUAUUCCAAUGUGCUGUUAAAGGCCUUCCUCCACCUUGGGCUACAUGGGACAAAGACGGAAUAAUAAUUACUGCCUCUCCAAGAAUAAAUAUAAAAGAAAAAGACGAAAUGUUUAGAAUUUUAGAAAUUGAGGAAGUAACAAUAGAGGAUGUUGGUCUAUACAGAAUAACAUUAGAGAAUGAUUACGGUAGAGCGGAAGCCUCAGCUAGGCUUGAAAUUAUAACAGGAAAAGGGAAAUUCCACGGAACUACGAGAUCAUUUAGCGCUUCUCCGAGCAGGAGACCUUUGACCUACAGAAGGAGAACUCCAUCAUUUUCUAGAUUGGACUAAGAACUGUCUUUAGAAAAUAUGAACACAAAGUGACGAAAAAGGUUAAAAUUAGCAGGAGAAGAUGAACAAUUUGUGUUUAUUUUCUCAAGUUUGUUUCCGUGCAUUUUUAAAAUCAGAAAUGAAUAAUAGGUUUCAAUAAAUAACGACAACAAAAAUAUUUUUACAUACUCGUAUAUCGCUUAGUGUAGAUAAAAAUUCAUUAGGCAAUUUAUGCUAGACUGUUUUACUGUUUUAUAAAACUUAUUUAUCAAUGUAACACUUGAAUUUGCCAAUAUAUGAAUGUUUAAUUGUUUGGUUUAGUAUUUGUUUAUUUAGUUUAGAUGUACGACAAAUAUUCCCAAGAUAACGGGACACUUCUAAUUAUGCAGCAAGUGUGAUUUUUGUUUUCUUAGCUCCUCUAGAAAAAUUUUAGAUUUAUUUUCAAAGAUUUUAUGUCAUUAAACAAUAAAUAAAUUACUAAUUGC